AGAGAGAGGGAUACAAUGGUAAAAGUGACGGACGGGCACAAGAGAAUAAUAGCUUAUAAAACGAUCACACAAACAGGCACUCGCUUGAUAUCUCUCCCCAUCCUCACCGCUUCAGACGAAACUCUCUUCUCUGAAAAAAAAAACAUAAGAAUUUAUCCGACCAAAGCAGGAGAGAUGGCUAAGCAGAGACGUGUAUUGUCAGUUUCAAGCAACAGGACCAGAGUAUCACCGUACCCACUUCGCUCUUCAAGGACCAAGAAAGAGAAAGAACCUGAGCUGCCUAUCCAGACAGAAGGUCCAAGCCAAUGGGAAGAUGUCCGGUGCGUAAUCUGCCAGGAACCGCCGCACAACGCCGUCCUCCUGCGCUGCUCUUCCUCCUCAACCGGAUGCCGUGCCUACAUGUGCGACACGAGCGCUCGCCACUCCAACUGUUUCAAGCAGUACCGCGCAAAAAACAGGAACCGCUUGACCAAGGCCUUCAACUGUCCUUACUGCAGAGGAGAGGUCCAGGAGACGAUGAAGGUGUCUGGCGCGAUGAGAUAUCUGAACGCUAAACCGAGAGGCUGCGCUUUCGAGGGCUGUGUCUUCUCAGGGAGCUAUUCGCAGCUUAAGAACCACUUGAAAGCUGAGCACCCUGGCUUCACCGGACCCGUGGUGGACCAGAGGAGACAUUUGGCGUGGGAGCAGAUGCAGAGAGCUGCGGAGUACACUGAAGUGAUGACUGCAGCUGGUAUGCCCCGUAAUACUCUUGCUGCUUAUCCGUUGAUUGAGGUGAAUGGAGUAGCGCAUGACCGUAUGCCAUUUAAUCUUCCUCCAAAUCCGGUGAUUCGUCUCAACAUCAAUGGAGUGGAGCAUGAUCAGUUUCCGCACAAUCUUCCUCCUAAUCCGAUGAUUCGUAUUAGUAUCAGUGGAGUGGUGCGUAACCUUUCUUUGGGGGUCAGGUAAAAAGGAGCAGCAAACUGGCUAUGACCAUAGUUCACAAUUGAAGAAUCCUAAUUUGUUUAGGGAACCUAAAGAUUUUGAUUAUUGUUCAAAGUUUUUGAUGUCUCAUAGCUUUUUUCUUCAUGUUUCAAUAGCAUCAGUAAUGUUUUAAAUCGUCAUUA